AUGUCUAAGCCUGAAAUUAUAGAAGAAGAGCUUUCCCAAAAAGUCCAAGACGUGGAUCUUGAAAGUUCGGAUAGUGACAGCGACACUUUACCGAAAACUCUUACUGAUAGGGGGGAUAUAAUAGCGAAGUAUGCCGAUAAAAUCAAAACUGAUGAUAUAAAAAAGGGACCGAAGACAACUAAAGAUAGAGCCAAUAGAGCAACUGUGGAACAAGUUUUAGAUCCUCGUACCAUGGCAUUUCUUGCUAAAAUCAUUAAUAAAGGUAUAAUAUCAAGAAUAAACGGUUGUAUAAGUACUGGGAAAGAAGCAAAUGUUUACCAUGGAGACCACGAAGAUGAAACGGUUACAACCAGAGAAUAUGCAGUGAAAAUUUACAAGACUUCUAUUUUGGUUUUCAAAGAUCGUGAAAGAUACGUUGAUGGAGAAUUUAGAUUCAGAAAUACAAAGAAUCAAAGUAAUCCUAGAAAAAUGGUUAAAGUUUGGGCUGAAAAAGAAUUCCGUAAUUUGAAAAGAUUGUAUCUCAACGGUAUACCAUGUCCUGAACCAGUUGAACUUAGAUCACAUGUUUUGGUGAUGGAAUAUUUAACCAGGGGAAAAGGUCAACCAUCACCCAAAUUAAGAGAUCAUCCUUUCAAGGACAUUGAUGAAAUAGUGCAUUAUUAUCAUCAAAUGUUAUUUUACAUGAGAAGAAUGUACCAAGAGUGUCGAUUAGUUCAUGCUGAUUUGAGUGAGUAUAAUUCAAUUGUCCAUAAGGAUAAGUUAUAUAUAUUUGAUGUUUCUCAGUCAGUUGAACCAGAGCAUCCAAUGGCACUUGAUUUUUUAAGAAUGGAUAUUAAAAAUGUCAAUGAUUUCUUUUCUAGGAAGAAAAUCAAUGUAUACCCUGAGAGGUUGAUUUUCAAGUAUAUCACCGAUGAGUUAAAAGAGGUAAAGGAUAAUAGUGAUGAAGAAUUGGGUCGGUAUUUAGAAACAAUCCCAUUGAAAAGUGAAACCAACCAAGAUGAUGAAUUAGAAGACGAAGUCUUCAGAAGCCUUCAUUUAGUUCGUUCUUUGAAUAAUCUUGACGAAAGAGAUUUCGAUAAAUUUCAAGAAGGUAAAGUCGACACAUUAAAAGAUCUUGUUGAUAAAGAAGAAUCCAAGAGUGACGAGUCAGAUUCUUCUCUGGAUGAAGAUAGCGAUUACGAGUCUGAAUCUGACAGUGAUGAUGAGUCUCCCAAAAAGGAGUGGAAGGAUAAAGAGACAGUGUUAAAGGGUAAAAAACACGAAGAUAAAGAUGAAAAGAAGGCCCGUAAGAAGGCUGCUCAAUCUGCUAAACAGGAGAAGAGAAAAACAAAGAUGAAGAAACAUGUUAAGAAGAAGAUUAUUAAUAAAAGAAAAAACUGA